CCUGCGGCGCCACUAGGCCCGCCCGCUGGCUCCCGCGCGCGCGUCCUCUCUCACUCCCCCAGGCCGCUACACCUCCACUAGGAACCCUCUCACUCCCCCAGGUCGCUACACCUCCACCAGGAACCCUCUCACUCCCCCAGGCCGCUACACCUCCACCAGGAACCCUCUCACUCCCCCAGGCCGCUACACCUCCACCAGGAACCCUCUCACUCUCCCAGGCCGCUACACCACCACCAGGAACCUUCUCACUCCCCCAGGUCGCUACACCUCCACCAGGAACCCUCUCACUCCCCCAGGCCGCUACACCUCCACCAGGAACCCUCUCACUCCCCCAGGCCGCUACACCACCACCAGGAACCCUCUCACUCCCCCAGGCCGCUACACCUCCACCAUGUCAACACCUGCCAAAGAUUCAAGUGACUAAGAACAAUGCUUCAUCAAGAACGUGUGGAUAAUUACAUUAGUUUAAAGAACAAGUCAAAUAAUUGUGAUUUUGGAAAAGAACGCACACGGGUGGUACACACACACUAGGGGACACAGGUGGAAGCUGAGUACCCAGACUUAGUGGGUACUAUCGAAAAUAUAGUAAAUUCCAAUACUUCUAAAAAUCUUGGUCAGUGCUUAAAACAUUUCUACAAUAUCUCGCUCAUUCGGAGGAAUCUUCAGUAUCAACAACGGUUUUACACACUAAAAUCAUAUGAACGUCACUGCAAAGAUUCAUACGAACGUGUGAACGUCACUGCCUAAGUUACUACCCCUCAAGGAGACCACCCCACGUGUAAUCCAACUUGAUAUUACCAUGAUGCCCCCAUUCAGGGUGCACGCCAGCAGCAUGCCGCCUCUGGUCGUGAGGAACCUCGCCCUGUUAGCGGGCGUCACCUUACUGUUCAUAGUGGGGACGUUGUUGGUGGACCAACACAGCGACCACGACCACCACCGCCACCCGAGGCUGUCUCGCGCACACCUCUACCAUCACCUCCGUCUGGCCCAUGGCAAUGGUAGUAGCAACAACAUGCAUCACCAAGGCAAGAUGGCAACAGCCCAAGGACACCAGCCCCGUCGUUCUGAUAACCUUUAUAUCGACAAUAUCGACAUCGAGGACAAAAAUCACGAUGACGACCACGAGGACGACAACUAUGACAUUCUUCGCGGUAACUACGAUGAUGAUGAUGAUGAUGACGAAGGAAGUGAUGACGACGAUGAGGACCAGAAGACUGGCGGUGAUGAUGCUCUCAAGUACUGAAGCAGCAGCAAGAGUCUCGCUGAGUGAGAAACCUCUCCUGUGGAGACCACUCCCGAAGCUGCCAACUUCUGCAUUAACGGUGCAGUAGGCAAAUGAUGUGUGGGAUAUAUGUUCAAUACUUUUAAACGCACACUCUUGAUCAAUUAUCUGAUUUCAGACAAUUCUUAUUUCUUAUAUGUUUACCCAUAUAAAAUUAAGCGUAAGGAAAUAAAAAUAUUACUAUUG